AUGGCGGCGUUGCCUCCGCUCGCAGGCCGAAGCUAUGAACUGCGUGAUCCUACGCUGGAAGAGCUGUAUACAGGCCCCGCGCGUGCGCUUCCCGAUGAGAUCCAACAGCUUCCAGCCGAGGACACGGCGUGCACAUUCUGUGGCGUCAGCUAUUUCGUGUUUGCCGAGGUGCAGACACUGCAGUCCACAGUGAAGCAGUACAAGAAAGUCUUUCGAGUGCGCGACUUCGUGCGGUUCAUGGAGCGCGAACGCUCCGUGGCGAGAGAUCUACGUCAACAGAUUACCGAAUUGAAGGACAGUUUUGAGGAGGUGGUAGCGACGUGCAGUGCUAGCACCAAGCAGCUCGGAGAUGAGAGUGAAAUCCAGCGCGCUGCAAAGCGAGAAGCAUUGGACCAGCUUCAGAGAGUGCAAAGAGAACUAAUGGCGUCGGAAGAAGCGUUGAGAGAGCUACAGAUGUUGUCAAAACAACACGAAGAAGAGCAAAAGAUGGCACAUGCUCUUGUCGAGCAGAAGCUGCGCAACGAGAUUUUGCACCUGUCGAGCCAAGUUGAGAGCUGCAAACUACUGUCCGAGACGCAGUUAGCAGAGUUCAAGCAGACCCAAGAGCGUGAUCAGCUCCGCAUUCGGGAGCUCGAGGCGAAGCUGGUGGAAAGCCAAAGCCACUGGACUGCCGCUGAGAGGCAGAUGAUCACCGAGCGCGACGUGUUAAAGCAAAAGCUCUUGGCGGCGAAUGAACGAGUGGAGCUAGAGUCAACCUCUGCGCAGCAGCUAGAGACUCAGCUGACUGCCAUUCGCGAAGAACUCGCUCGUGUCGUGUCUGCGAGUGACACAGAACGAAAAGCAAACUCGCAAAUGAGCAGCGAAGUUAUUCAGCUGAAAUACCAGCUACAGACUCUGGAGAAGACUCGAGCCCAGCUCUACUCGGAGAACGGACGGUUCAAGGACGAGAAGUACAAACUGGAAGACGAAAUCAAGGCUCUGCGUGUUCGCGCGGACCAAUUGCAGGGCCAGCUAAGCGUCAGUACGUCGUCCACGGUGAAGGUGAAGGCUGACUAUGCUCGGGAUCUGGAGAAGCUUCGUAGUGAGCAUGGAGUGGAAAUUAACCGACUGCAACGGGAUCACGGACGAGCGAUUGAAGAGCUCAAGGCGAGUCAAAACACCUACCUCGAGUACCUCAAGAAAGAAACUGCGGAGCUUCAGACGCAAGGAGAAGAAACAUCUCGCCAGGCGAUUCUGACGCUAGAAGAGAGAGUAAGAUGGAUGUACUGA